UCUCCAACCCCGGACCUCUGUCACCCUGUCACUUUUAAAUUUACUGCGGCGAAAAAGUCGCUUCGGAGAGGAGCAAAGACAGUCCCGGUGUUGCUUCGUUCUGUGGGCUUUUUUAAGGAUGAACGUGCCUUGUUUCUUUAUUGGGACAAAGCGCGCGAGAGAAAAACAUCACACAGUCUGUCUAGGACGCGCGAAGUAAGAGGAGCAUACUUGAAAUCAUCCCCCUCCUCUCUCUGCUCCCCACCACCGCCACCCGAGUCUCUCCGCUAUCAUCCGAGGAGGGGGGGAGAGGAAGAGAAAAGGGAAAAGUUGAAUGGCUACUAGAGGACACCUGGGUGCGUCAGGACAGGAGGGGUGACAAGAGAGAAGCGGACGAGCCAAGCGAAGCGCGCACAAUGAAAAGUUGGGAGCAAGUUGAUGUUCCGGGGGGGAUUUAGUUGCGGUGUCUGCAGGUCAGUGUGAGGGGAGCCGCCGCGAGGAGACUGCGUGGUGUCUCACAGACAGACAGACAACACCGAGAGAGAGAGGAGAGGAUCUACUUUAAACCACCGCGCGGUGUCUGCGGGACAGUGAAGUGUGCGCGCACCGACCAGGAGUCGACGCGUCCUGUAGACUGGAGACGCGAAGAGACAACGGCGCAAAAAAAACAAGCGACACCGGUGCAUCUCCCACUGCGCGAGAAACUUGGAGAGCGAGCCAAAGCAAAUGCAACCUGUAGUUUUUUUCUAUUUAAUUAACGGUCGAGUUUGUGGCGUUCUCUUUUUUUCUUUUUUUUAAUUUUCGGAGUUUUCGUCUCCUUUUCUCGGUAAACGACGCAGGAGAUUUGAACUGUUCUAACACCCGGUGCGGAAGAGUUUGAACGAUCUUGGACGGGUCAGGUCAUGUAAAAUUCUGUGUGGAUGCCAGCAAGCCAAAAAGCGGGAGCUGGCUGAACCACAUCCAGUUUGCCCCUGUGGCCAAGCAGCAUAACCUGACAGCGUGCCAGAUAGAUGAUCAGAUUUUCUACAAAGUCACCAGAGAGAUUUUCCCCGGUGAGGAGCUGCUACUUUUCAUGAAGGCUGAAGAAUAUUCAUGUGACACCAUGGCUCCUGAUAUUCACGAGGAGAGGCAGUACCGCUGUGAGGACUGUGACCAGCACUUUGAGUCCCGCAGCCAACUGUUGGAUCACCAGAAGGAGCCAUGUGGGAUGCCCCCCUCCUCCUUCCUUAACCCAGGGGGCGACAGUGACCUAAAGGCACAGGAACCUCAAGAUCUGCGACCUCUUCACUUGUCCCAUGGUCUACACGAGUGUAAGGAGUGUGACCAGGUCUUCCCUGAUGCUCAGAGCCUGGAGAGCCAUGUUCUAUCCCACUCUGAGGAGAGGGAAUAUAAGUGCGACCAGUGCCCCAAGGCCUUCAACUGGAAAUCAAACCUGAUCCGACAUCAGAUGUCACAUGACAGCGGCAAGCACUAUGAAUGUGAAAACUGCUCAAAGCAGGUGUUCACAGACCCCAGUAACCUACAGAGGCACAUCCGUUCACAGCAUGUUGGGGCACGGGCCCACGCCUGCUCUGAAUGUGGCAAGACGUUUGCUACGUCUUCGGGCCUCAAGCAGCAUAAGCACAUCCACAGCAGUGUCAAGCCCUUCAUGUGUAAGUCACUAAGACCCUACCUAUGUGAGGUGUGCCACAAGUCCUACACUCAGUUCUCUAACCUGUGUCGCCACAAGCGCAUGCACGCUGACUGCCGCACACAGAUCAAGUGCAAGGACUGUGGGCAGAUGUUCAGCACCACCUCCUCUCUCAACAAGCACCGCCGCUUCUGUGAAGGAAAGAACCAUUUCACAACAGGGGGAUUGUUUGCCCAGGGUAUGCCACUCUCUGGCACCCCUGGCUUGGACAAAUCAACUCUGGUGAUGGGACACGGCAGUGCUGGACUGGCUGAUUACUUUGGGGCCAGUCGCCACCAUGGGGGGCUUACCUUCCCUGCUGCCCCAGCAUUUCCUUUCAGUUUCCCUGGCCUCUUUCCCUCUGGACUCUACCACCGGCCACCGCUCAUUCCUGCCACCGCCUCUCCUGUCAGACAACCAACCCAUGCAUCUGUGGCGGGGCCUGGUGCAGAGCUAAGUAAGAAUCCACUGUUGCCUCUGAGUCCAGGCACUCAGGAGUCCCGAGAGCUCCUUAAAGCUCUACGUAAAGAUGGCAGUUCACCUGGCAGUCAGAUGCCAGGCUCAGAGCUCCACACUCAGAGUUCCUCGUCCUCCUCAAAGCAGCGAAACAAGCAGAGUGACCAGUCUGAGAGCAGUGACCUGGACGAUGUCAGCACACCUAGUGGAAGUGAUCUGGAGAGCACAUCAGGCUCUGAGCUGGAGAGUGACAUGGACAGUGAGAGGGAGAGGGGGGCUGCUCGAGAAAAUGGUAAAGGCCCCAAAAGGAGGGCCAGUGAGGAAGGCCCUCAGAGUCCCAGCCUGACUGGCAGCAGCACUGCCAAAGACUUUCCAGGCCCUUCCCUCAUCCCAUCCUCGCUGGACGAGCACACAGCUGUAACAGGGGCUGUGAAUGACUCUAUUAAGGCUAUUGCCUCGAUUGCUGAGAAGUACUUUGGCUCUACAGGGCUGGCUGGACUGCAGGACAAAAAGGUUGGGGCUCUGCCCUAUCCCUCCAUGUUCCCUCUGCCUUUCUUCCCAGCUUUCUCUCCUCCAGUUUACCCUUUUCCAGACAGGGACCUCAGACCUCCAGGCCUAAGAGGCGAGCCACAGUCUACAGCAGAUGACGGCAAGAAGGCCCAGAGUAAAUCUUCAACAGAGUCACCAUUUGACCUCACUACAAAGCGAAAGGAGGGCAAGUCAGCCCCAUUCACUCCCUCAAAACCAGAGGCAUCCAACUCUGUUGGUCAGGAUCAGCCACUAGACCUGAGCCUGGGGAGCAGGGGCCGUGGACGGAAUCCAAGGGAGGAGGAGACAAAGAAGAACCUGGGUUAUGAAGAAGACAAGGUAGUGGUGGAGAUCCCUAAGGCAGAUAACACCUUACAGCACGCAAGGCCCACCCCUUUCUUCAUGGACCCAAUCUACAGCAGGGUUGAGAAGAGGAGAAUGAGCGACCCGUUUGAGACUCUGAAAGACAAGUGCAUGCGACCAGGUCCUGGCUUCCUCUUCCAUCCACAGUUUCGUUUGCCAGAUCAGAGAACUUGGAUGUCGGCCAUCGAAAACAUGGCAGAGAAGCUGGAGACGUUUGGCUCCUUAAAGCCAGAGUCGAGUGACUUGCUGCGCUCUGUCCCCUCCAUGUUUGAUUUCAGAGCCCCACCGUCUGCUCUUCCAGAGACGCUGCUGCGCAAGGGCAAGGAGCGCUACACAUGCAGAUAUUGUGGGAAAAUAUUCCCCCGCUCUGCCAACCUGACCCGCCACCUCAGGACUCAUACAGGCGAGCAACCAUAUAGGUGUAAAUACUGUGACCGCUCCUUCAGCAUCUCGUCCAACUUGCAACGUCACAUCCGCAACAUCCACAACAAGGAGAAGCCCUUCAAAUGCCACUUGUGUGACCGCUGCUUCGGUCAGCAGACAAACCUGGACCGUCACCUCAAGAAGCAUGAGAACGGCAACCUGUCAGGCACUGCGAUGUCAUCUCCUCAGUCAGAACUGGACAGUAGUAGUGCCAUACUGGAUGAUAAAGAAGACUCUUAUUUCAAUGAAAUAAGAAACUUCAUAAGCAACACUGGCCAGAACCAGGCAUCCCCAGACCCGUCUGAGGAAGGGUUAAAUGGCGGUCCAUUUGAAGAAGAGAAGCCACUGAUGGCCAGCCAUGGGUCACAUGACCUGGAAGACGAGGAAGCAGAGGAGCUAGGUGCUGAUGGAGAAGAAGCUGAGGAGCCUGGCAACACCUCUGGAAAAACAGAAGCUGAGGUGCUUCCUAGCAACCUUAGUGACGACAUCAUGCAUGACAAAAUGGACUUCACUGGGCCAAUCGACUUGAACCUCAACUGCAAAACCUCUCCUCAAGGGUAUAAGGACGAGGAGGAGGAGGAGGAGGAGGAGCAGAGCAGCUACUCAGCCUUGGAUCAUAUUCGUCACUUUUCAGACAUGCGCAAGCUGGCAGAAAGUGAACUGAGUGAUGGAGAUGGAGAUGAAGACGAUGGAUCAUUUGGGUCUCCCUCUCUGACUGAGGCAGUCAAACAGCCACUCUUUAGAAAAUCUAAGUCUCAGGCUUAUGCCAUGAUGCUGUCUCUGGCUGAAAAGGACUCUCUCCACCCAGCGACCCACACCCACACCCAAGCCACUAUGUGGCACAGUCUGGCACGGGCUGCUGCUGAAUCCAGUGCCAUCCAGUCCCUCAGCCAUGUAUGAUUACACUCCCUCUGUGCUUUCCCUUUCACCUCUCAACCCCAAAAACCUGAGCUAUGGCACUAGGGAGCCCAUUACAGCGGGGCUGUCUGAGAGGGCCCCCCUGAUCAUCCUCAGAGUGACUGCUGAGCAGAACCACGGCCCAUCUGACUGCUGAACGGUGUGAUCACCUUUACACACGAAGCAAGGUCACUGUCCACGCAGAGCCCGACCCAAAAAACUCCAACAGAUAGAAAGCAAAUUUGUCCCCCAGAGACCUUAAAAUUGAUUACAUUAACACCAACCUGGAUGUGGUGAAAAUAACGAUGCUAAACUAAUAACAACUGUAUUUAUUCUGCUGAAUUUUUUUUUGUUUUGCACAGCAAAGGCAGCUGGUGGCCAUGGUAGAUGGGUGUGCUCAUGUAUCAUUGCUAGACCCCAUUCAUUGGCCAGCACGUACAAAGCAAGGAGGACAUUUCACGCUGAAAGGGUGAGCUCGGUUGUGUCUAUAAGACUGCCCAGUUUCAGCCUGGUAAGCAUCACUGUGCAUAAAACAUAAGAACCUCUCAUGUGACAAAAAAAGAACUCCCUUUAACCCCCAAAACGUCUGGAGUAGUUUCUCAUAAAUCCAUGUACCUGAUGAUAAAAAAAAGCAAGGUUGGACUCGGCAAUAGCAACCACAGUUAAGAUGAAAACCACACCGUCAAAGGACCGAGCUAUGAUCACUUAAAUAUCUUGGACGUCAUCAACAAAAAAAAAGAAAAUUUAAAAAAGUCGUACUCGUUAAAAAUGAAUCAGACACGUUUUCCAACUGUGUUUCCAUGGCUUUGUGUGUCUGCACAAUCACAGCACUGUACACAAGUGUCGACCGACUGUUCUCCACUGCACUCCAUCCUGCCCGCCUGCGCUAUCUGUGAAAGGAUAUAAAUAGAUUGUCUUUUUAGUGGAAGAGAAGAAAACACUUUUGUUUUACUGAGAUAAGUAGCCAGUGCUGAAGUUAAUUGUUGUUCUGUAAAAAAGGGGGUAUGUCUUCUUUUUUUUCUUCUUUUUUUAAAAAAAAAAACAAAAAAUCCCUUGAAUCCAUCGGCCAACAAUACCACUAAAUAGCCAGAAUGCUAGUCGUUAGCUUCUCCAUGCUUGUGUGUCUUUCAUUUUUAGACAAUCAUGAUUUUGUUUGUUCGUUCUUUUUGUUGGUGUUGUUGUUAUUUGCUGUUGUAUGUUGAGAAUUGUAUUUAUUUCUUGGCAAACUGUAGUUUGUUUACUGAAUAGCACUGCUCUUAGCCCAGGGGAAGAGGAGGUUCCUCACCAGGCUAUCCCAGAGUUCAAAGGGGUUUGUAGAUUACAUUUGAGUGCCGGAUAGUAUUAAACAUACAUUUCACUCCUUAUUCUUCUAAUGAAACCAGUCGAUGAAUAGAUAUUCCUUAGGGUUUUUUUUUUUCUAUGACAGUUUAUUGAUUCAGUUGUAAAAAAAAAAAAAAAAAAAAAAAUGAAAAACAUAAAGAAUGACUAAUUAAAACAAGCCAGGUAUGAUUUUGUCAUAAGCGCAUGAUUGGUCUGGUAAGAUCUGUAUCUGACAUUUUCUACGGUUGUCUGCAAGCUUGUGUGACGUUCGGUUCAUGUUAAUCUCUUGUGCCAAACCUAUGAUAAAUAACAGAUUACUUUCAUUUAUUCUCCCGUUUUGAGGGACCAGUUUUUUUUUGUUUGUUUGUUUUUGUCGUUUUGUUUAUAAUCGAUUUUAAAAAGUAAUCAGCAAGUUGAGGUACUUUGUUUUAAUGCUUUCUACAAUGUAACUGUUAUGCAUUUCAAUUCAAUACUGUGGGAGGAACAACUAAGAAAUAAAGGACUACAAUGUGGAUUGACAUGUCUUCCAUGUUGUUUCUCCUGAAACAUUUUA